AUGACAAAAGAAGUUACCGCCAACGCCGACGCCGGAACCAUCCGGAUUUUCGUCGUCAGACACGGCAGAACCGAUUUCAACGCCCAAAAAAUCAUGCAGGGCCAUUUGGACAUCGACAUCAACGACGAAGGCAAGGUCCAGGCCCAAAAGGUAGGCCACUACCUAAAAGAUAUCCAUUUUGACAACUACAUCACUUCAGAUUUGAUCAGAUGUGUCAAUACGUCUGCACCCAUCUUGGAGCAUCAACAAGUGAAAGAUGUAAUCACUACUUCGAACUUGAGAGAGAGAAAUAUGGGCCCUGUUCAAGGUAUGAGGAUUCAAGAUGCCAUUGAUCAAUACGGUCCAGAUUUCAGAAACUUGGGCGAGAAGGAGCACGAAUUAUUAGCACGUGUAGAAAGUGUUUGGAAUCAAAUCUUUAAGAAAGCCGUCACGGAAAACCACAUGAAUGUCUGUGUUUGCACCCACGGAGGUGUAAUCACUGGUUUUAUCAAUCACCUCUACGAUAGCCGUGAUUACCAACUAGCAGAAGGCUUGCUGAAGACUGACUUGAAGGUGCCAUUUAAUACGUCAGUGGCGGUGAUCGACUUGGACAAGAAAACCGGGGCGGGAACCAUCCAGAAAUUUGGAGUCACUGAGCAUUUGGGUGGUCACUUUGAGGUGAAGAACCAGCUAUUAAGAUAG